AUGAGCGGCCUUGGAAGCGCAAGUCAUGAGGUAGAAGACGAAGAAGACGACUACAUGAGCUCGUCGAUACUAGAAGAAGCAACGAAAGUACCAGUCAAAUCAAAGCCAAAGACAUAUUCUGAAAAGAGGAGAGAUCAGCUAUUAAAGCAGCAACUCAAUCAGCCUGCACCAUUACGAGUUCGUGAGCAGGAAGCUAGAAAUCAGGGACUCAAUAAAACGAUCGAUGAAUCCAACAAGGGAUUCCAGAUGUUGGCCAAGCUUGGAUAUACGAAGGGAAUGAGUCUGGGAGUUGCUGACUCUUUGCUUCAGCCUGCUCGUACGGAUCCGAUACCAAUCGUACUCAAAAAUGAUCGUCUUGGUAUAGGUGCACCUACUGCCAAACGCCCUGCAUCAUCACUAGAAGACGCAGAUAAUGAAGAAGGAGACAACCAAAAAACACAAUCAAAAACACGCGACGAAUUCCGUACUUUGAAAAACCAGGAAUUCAUAAACCGUCACAUAUCAAGUCUAGUGAAACGUGCUCGACUGUCGUGUGAGCAAUUAGAUGCAAAGCUUGGAAAACUCAGAAACAAGUUCUGGGUUAAAGAAAAAGUCAAGAAUGAUGAUAUAGAUGGUCGAAAUCCUCAAGAGUUUGAUUCUAUUGGUGGUGUCAAGGAGGUUUAUAGUAGAGUUGCAUAUGAACCGGAUGUGGCUACAAGUGAUGAUGAUGAACCAGAGGAAGUAGAAGGAGUGGAUGAAGAUUUUGAUGGUUUAGAGCCUUCUCAACAACUAGAGCAAAUCAUAGAAUAUUUGCGUGCCACACAUUUUUAUUGUAUAUUCUGUGGUGACGUGUUUGCCAAUCAAGAUGAUUUGGCUCAAAAUUGUCCAGGACCUAGUGAGGCUGAACAUGAGGACAUGUAA